GCGGUCAAGAAGCGCGGCGGCUCUAUCUCGGCCUCCGUCCAGAUUGGCACCCAGGCCGGGUUGGACGCUGCACGCAAGAUUGUCAAUGACAAGAAGCUUAUGCUCUCUCGGCACACUGCAGUCGGGCACAAGCUGGCUAGGUGCAAGAUGCAGUACGAGAAGGGCCAAAUCAAGAUUGAGGAUCAGACCAAGGUGGAAAUUGACGCGCUGCAGAUCGAGCUCCCGGCCACGAUGCGGGCCGUGGCGCCUGAGCCUGCGGUCGACACCGAGGUUUUCGACUUGCCCUCGGAGCUGCUCGAGCAGGGCGACGCCGCCGAGUUCAAGGCCAUGGUGGAGAGCCCUGCCAGAA